AUGUCACAAUCAACUGCACACUCCCCCAAUCUGAGGGAAAUACACGAUGUCCUCAUCGAGAUUGCCUUCGAGGCUGGCAAGGUGAUCACCAACAGCCUGCCAACAAUCACUUCGACGGACUCAAAGAAGAACAGCUCGGAUCUGGUCACUGAGUAUGACAAAGCUGUCGAGGCCAUGGUUUCUACGAGACUGAAAGCCAAGUAUCCCAAUUAUGACUUCCACGGAGAAGAAACCUACUCUCCCGACCACCCCCUAACUGAUAACCCAACCUUCAUCGUCGACCCCAUCGACGGCACCACCAAUUUCGUACACGGCUUCCCCAGUUCCUGCAUCUCGCUGGGUUUCGCAAUUGAUCGCAAACCCGUCGUCGGGGUCGUCUACAACGCUUUUACCUCGACGUUAUACUCCGGUAUCAAGGGACAGGGCGCUUUCCUCAAUCGCACGACGCCUUUGCCGUUGAAACAGGGCGAUAAGCUAGAAACAUUGGAUGGUCUUGACAAAGCCCUGAUUGCGUUGGAAUGGGGCUCGGAGCGUAGUGGCCCGAACUGGGAUGUUAAGCUUAAGACGUUUGCGAGCUUGGGAAAGACGCGUGAAGCUGGCGGUGCCAUGGUUCAUUCGAUAAGGAGUCUGGGCUCAGCUGCAUUGAAUAUCUGCGCUGUUGCGUCGGGGGUUCUGGAUUUGUAUUGGGAAGGGGGUUGUUGGGCUUGGGAUGUUUGUGCUGGAUGGAUCAUUCUGGAGGAAGCCGGUGGGAUUAUGGUGGGUGGGAAUCAGGGGGAUUGGACACCGGCUAUUGAUGGAAGAGUGUAUACGGCUGUUCGUCCGUCGCCUGAUGGUAAAGGGCAGAAGGAACUUGUUGAGGAACUUUGGGGUCAUGUACAUGGGCGGCUGGAGUAUUGA